AUGUGCUGACCCCAACAGCCCAGUUCCCUCCAUUUCAAAGAGAGAGGACACUGGCUUUGUGAGGUUUUUUAUUUUGGAAUUGAACAAGUCAGUAAAAACAAACAUGGUGGCGAUGUUGACAAACACCGAAGGUCCAGAGAAAGACUAUGCUUUUGUGAAGAGCCCCAUCCCUUUGUUGGUCCAGUGACAACCCCCCACACACACAGUUGCAUAUUGUUGUAUGCAACUGUGUUAAAACCAGUACACAGUUGAUGUAGAGGAGGAAAGAGAUGUUCAGACAUCCAUUGUUACAGCCGUCUUGUGGCGACCUAUUUUAAAUGUCAACAUGGACUUCGACUACCAGCGCUUAAAAGAUGUUGAAAGCCUCAGGCGAGAAGAGCGAAUCAGCUGCCUGCCUAUCCAAACUCAAAAGCCUGUACCACCACACCAUUCUGCUGAAGACCCGCCCACCUGCCAGACUCUUCCAAUCAAACCCAGGCGGAGCUUAAAGGUCCCCAAAACCCCUCGGGAGGAGGUGGCGCUACCAGCCAAACAAACCAAUGGCCAGGAGAAUGAGACAGUAGUGAAGAGGGUGUCUCCUGCUCUGACUCUGGGUCGCCCCGGGCCCCUGGAGCCCUUGUCCCCGUCCCUUCGGGCCCACACCCUGCUGUGGUUCGAGAGGACACAGCUCCCCCGCCUGCGUCGGCCUGGCCGCCCCAUGCCCCACUGGCUACACGGGUUCGCCACGCGCAGGGAGGCAGAGGAGCUUCUAAAGGACAAGCAGCAGGGCUGUUUUCUGCUCAGGCUCAGCGAGUCAAAGAUUGGUUUUGUACUCUCGUACAGAGGAAUGGAUAGGUGCCGCCAUUUCAUCAUAGAGGAGGAAGAGGGUGGCAGAGGGUCGUGUUACCUCAUCGCUGGGGAGGAGAGUCGCCAUAAAAGCCUGCAGGAGCUGGUCAGCUACUACACCCAGUAUCCUGUGGGGCCCUUCAAUGAGAUUCUCACCAUACCCUUUGACGAGUCCAGUGAAGCUUGUGAGGGUACAGUUAAACUGGGGUUGCAGGAUGAAGGUGGAGAGAAGACAGAAGCGUCAUCAUCUGCACCCUCGGCUCCUGCCACUGUCCAAGUCCAAGAGAUAUUGGCCAGCUCAGCCCCUACGAACGACGGAACGCCAGAGUAUGCUGUGGUGAAGAAGGUGCUAAAAAAGUCCCGUUCUCUACCAGAAAACCAGCUUGGGGAACUGUUGGAGGUGACAAAUCUGAUCCUCCCCCAAGAUGUGGCAAAACCUGGCGUUAGCUGUGCAGGAGCAUUUGGGGGGGGAGAUGACGCCUCCGACGCACUGUACGCCCGGGUGAACAAGCCACCAAGCAUGCUUUCCCAGACAGACACAUCUCCCUACGUCAAUGUGUGCAACCCUCCAGGCCAGAAGGGGGUGACAGCGUCCUCCGUCCCCCUCAUGUGCCGUGGCUCGGUGGGGGACCCAGUCUACUGGAAGCUGGAUCCCCUGCACACCUACGAGGAAACCCCUCAUCUGGUUCAACGUGAAGAAGAAGAAGAGGCAAAGGAACACAUUGACUUUCACGCCAUGGGGCGCUGGCGGGAUGCCGAGAGGAGUGCUGGUGGGCGAGACCCCCAGCAUCACCUCUACUCAGAGGUAAACCUAAGAACAAGAGAGGCCCCCAGUCACACCCCCCUUCCAGCCAGGACAGCCCCCAACCGGCCUUUACGACUGCCUCCCAGGCCCGUUAACUGCCCCCCUCAACAGGACGGAAGUGUGCAGCGAUGUGGAGAUCCCAUCUUGUUGUCCUCUUCCCCAUCCCGACCUGGGGUCUUUCUGACACCUUGUUCAGAACGACCUUUGACCGAAAACCCGGGCACCAGCAUCUACGAACAGAUCCCAAAGAGGCCAACCAGCUCAAGGCCUCCACUGCCUCCACCCAACCCUAAACCCUGACCACGCUUUACUAAGACCCUAUCAUACAACUCCCCUUGUAAACAAAAUACUGACCACCCUACAUCUACAACAUUUCAAACUAUAAACCCAAAACUCCUCACCGAAUGACCCUCUCUGCAAUUAUCGUUGUGAACAAAAUACUGACAACCACAAUAUCAAAUAUUCAGAAUUUAGCCUUACUUACUGUACACUUAUAUAAACUGAUCAAGUUAUCUUUUCUAUGUAACUCGAGGCUAGAGACAGUCCUGAAUGUCAAUGUGUGCCAAAAAUGCAUCUACAGAAGUUGUGCUCCAUUGUGUCCCAAUCUACCCUUGAAGUGUACACUUGUGCACUACCCCACAAAAAUAGAGAAAUUUGUAAAAACACAAGAAUCUCACUUUAUAAAACCCAGCUUGUUUAUUUCCCAAACAAGACAAAGUCCCACCCAGAACCACCUGGGAAAUUAUCCACUUUUUUUCUGUAGAAAACACCUUGAGGGUUUCAAAACAAAUUAAUUACUAAAUAAAACAAAAAGGCAAAA